AUGUUGCGUUUUGGGGUUUUUUUUGCUUUAUUAACAAAGCAAAACUAUUUAGACUCUGAGCCUAUAAUAGAUGGAGAUACGAUUACCAUCACCGAAAAUCCAAAUAUUAAAGAUUUAGCCACUUUGAUUUAUUCAAAUCAGCUCAAAACACUAAUUAUUCAACUUAAAUAUAAUGACAUACAGGUAUAUGGUACAAACAUUAUAGUUCAAGGACCUGCUACGGCUAUUCCCGAUAACUUUAUGAACGGUAAUACUUUUAUUAAAACUGUUGAUCUAUCGGAGAAUAUUACUAGAUUAGGAUCUAAUUGCUUUUCUGGCUCUUCAUUAGAAUCUAUCACAAUUCGCGGUAGAAUCCCAAUGUUGCGAGGAGACUCUCAAUUUAUGAACUGUUACGCAUUGAAAGAGCUGUCUAUUGAUUGUGGAUAUAUUUCCGAAAAUUUUGCCGCUAACUGUAUUAACCUAACAACUGUUAAGCUCUUAUUCAAUACAACAAUACUGAUUGAUCAAAAUGCAUUUUCAGGGUGCUAUUCAUUAUCUUCAAUUGAUUUUUCAAACAUUGCAUCAAUUGGUUCAAAAGCAUUUUAUCGAACAAAUAUAACUUCUCUUAAAUUCCAAACCCAAGGUAUUUCAAUCGACGCAGAAGCCUUUGAGUACUCUAGAGUCCAAACAAUUGAUUUUGGCCAAAGUAUUGCAUACUUAGGUCAAAAAUGUUUCCUUGGUACCCCACUUAAAUCUGUCAAGUUAAUGUCCGUUGGACAAAUUGGAUCAUAUGCCUUCUCCCAAUGCACAUUAUUGGAGUCAAUAGAAGUAAAUUAUACAUAUAUCCCUGAUUCUUUUGCAAGCUACUGCACUUCUUUAACAACUGUCAUUGCAAAGAGAGCUAAAAUGAUUGGAAGUAGUGCAUUCUACAACUGCAAAUCACUCAAAUUAAUUGAAUUAAGCACAAAUACAGAUGAAUUUGAUACAAUUACUUUUGGCUCCAAUUCAUUUAUGUACUGUGAGAAUCUAGAAUACACAUUUUCAUCACCAAUGAUAUAUAUAUUCGGCGAUUAUGCAUUUUCUUACUGUGAUAAGAUCUCUCUUGGAACAAUAAUUACAAAUUCAUCAAUUGGAGCUUAUUCAUUUCUCGGUUGUCAAAAUAUUGAAUCUGUCACAAUUCAAUGCCCGAUUGGACAAGCAUGUUUUAUGGGUUGUGAAAAUCUAGAAUCAGUUAAAUAUGAAUAUACAACCGAGACUUCAACUAAUGAAAUCCCUGAUUACAGCUUCUGCAAUUGUUCAAGCCUUAAAGAAUUUGAAGGAAAUGAUAAUAUAACAAGAGUCGGAGAAUAUGCAUUCGCAUGUACAAAAAUUAAAAAUGUAGUACUAAGAAGAGCCAUAUUGGAUACUAAUGCUUUUGCUGAAUCAAAAUUGGAAACAAUUAAUUUCAACUUCGCGUCAUCUUAUAGCUUUCCAUUUUUUGGGUGUUCAAAACUAGAAAAGAUAACAAUCAGUAAAUAUACUACCUCUUCAAAUGUUUUUUAUAAUUUAUUUGUAUAUUCCUAUGAAGAUUAUUCCGGAGUAUCAAUAAGAAAAAAUAGUAAAGUUAAAAACUUUAAGCUUGAGUUUGAAAUUGAAUCAGGAAAUGAAUAUUAUACAAUCAAAGAUGAUCUUCUGCUCUACAAUAGUACAGAGAUAAAACUUGUUCUUCCAGAUUAUAGCGAAAGUGAAUUCCAAAUUCCAAGUUAUGUAACUGACAUUCAUCGCUUUGCAUUUGCCUCAAAUAAUAAAAUCAAGAAGUUAAUUUUUAAUAGAGAUUUGGAAUUUGUUUCAAGUCACAUAUUCUCAUGCUCUGAUUCUAUCAAAGAAUUAGAAAUUAGCUUUGAUGGGGGUGAAAACCAUACCCUAAUGUCAUCUUUCACUUACUUUGGCAAAUUGAAAUAUAUCACAAUUAAAACUAAUAUAAAUAAAAUCCCUAGUUCGGGUUUUGCAAAUAACCCACUUCUCAAAGAAGUCAUUCUCCCAAGUUCCUGUACUGAAGUGGGUUACUAUGGAUUCAUAUAUUGUCCAAAAUUAUAUAAAAUCAACUUAGACAAAGUAACUAAAUUUGGUGAGGGUUGUUUCAGGUUUACAGGUUUUGAAAGCUUUGAUUUCUCAAAAUUUGGAGAAGAAAUAACAAUUCCUGAUUAA